AUUGGACAAAUAGAUGUGACACAGCACUCACGGAUUUUUGUGUCUGAAUACCCUCAGGUGGAAUUCUUUACCGUAAGCAAAUGCACCACUAGAAGAAUCCACCCCCACAGAAACUCAUGUGGAAAUAUUUGAUGAGGGGCCAGAAUAGACAGAAGCCCAAUUGAAAGGCAGAUUAUGUGUGCCUCGGCUUGUUCAGCUGAUUUCAUUCCUGCAGCAACAGGCGUUUAAUUUUAUAUUUAAAAGAAUGUUCAUAGCAAUCAUUUUAUUGCUGUACGAGGGGUUCAAUGUGAAUGAGCCACCAUUGGCCAGAAAAGGUAAAGGUUUGACCCAGAACAAUCAUUUAUCUACCUGGCCAUCAUAUCUUCAUAUGUAUUCAUUUGUUUUUCUUCUUCACACUUUGGAAGCUGGCGCCAUCUCCAUCCAGUCUCCACAGAGGAGCCUGACCAGGUCGGUGCAGGACGAUGUGUUCUUUUCAGUUGACGUUACUUGCAAUGGGGUACACACCAUACAAUGGACCUUUAUGUCCGGAGCGGUGAGCCGCACCAUCGGGACUUGGCAGCCGGGGGUGUACACCAACAUAACAGUGGAUUACUUGAGCAGAGUCCAGUCCUUCGACAAUGGCUCGAUGGGCCUGUCGGACUUGCGGCUGCAGGAUGCCGGAUACUACGUGGUUACUGUCGCAGAACGCGGAGGAAGCAGCCAGGACGCUGGCUUCGUCCUCAAAGUGAACGAGGUCCUGUACGAGGACCUCCAGUACCUGGCAGUCUCUGCCUUAGCACUGGCCUGUUUGGCCGGCCUUCUCAUGCUGGCCAUGUGGCUGCUGGACAGGGCCUACAGGAAGAUAGUCGCAUGGAGACGCAGAAAACAGAUGCCAGAGACCGAUGCAACAGAGCUGCAGCCUCUCUGAUGGACGUCUGACAGGAAGACGCGUCAGCACGUGGAAUGGACGGCUACAUGAAUUUCUUCCUUUUUUAGCUUACAAAGUUCUUAAAAUACAGUGAGAUGGUUUGCCAAGACGUUUACAUUUGUAUUGAAUACACAUGCUUUUACAGCAAACUGCUGGUGACACUGGAUGGAAUGUGAAUAUAUCACUCAUGACACUGGGGAAAAUAAAUAAUGUAUUUACUGUCUUUGUAAAA